CAAAAUGGCCACCACUCGCCUUUAUGAAGGCCCGAAAGGGCCAAAAAGACUACAUUUACCUGGCCGUGGCGGUGAUGAGGGAGGCCGGCAGGGGGAGAGGGAACCCUCGCGGACACACACACACACACACACGGCUAAAACAAGCCCCCCCCCGAAGGGGCUACAGGACAGUCAAGCCUGGUGAACUAAACUUUUAUUAAUAAGCAAGAUUGCCAAAGAUAUUGAAGGAGGACUGCAAUCAGCUGAGACAGACAUAAUUUAGGUAGGACUCGAUAGCUAGAAAUCUGAAAGGAAAAAAGAGAAAGAGAGAUGGGAGAUUCUGAAAAGCUUCUGAAGGCAAAAUUGCAAACAAUUCCCAUCAGAAGGAAACACAGGAGACAUCAAAAGCGACCAGUCUUGAUGCACAGAGAACUGAUAAGCAAAAAAGUGCAUCAGGAAUGGAAGGAGGGACAUACUGAUACUACUGACAUCAUGGUGAACUGCAGUGAAACUCUCAAGAUGGAUGACACCAUAAUCCUUUUUGAAUUCAUUCUUUACAGCCCAGUCACAGUUUUUGGAGGCCUGUUCAACACACUUGCCUUGUGGGUGUUCUUCUUCAGACUGGGCAAAUGGACUGAAUCCAGAGUUUACAUGAUCUGCUUAGCCAUGGCAGACUACACUGUGGUCUUUACCUUACCAUUCAUAGUGUACUUUCAUUAUCGCCACUGGAUUACAGAUGCCUUUUGUUUAGUCAUAUUUACAAUCUAUUGCCUCAACAUGCCAAUGAGCAUGUGUACUAUCACCAUCAUAGCCCUGGACCGGUACAUUGCAAUCAAGCAUCCUCUGAAAGCCAAAGUGCUAAGGUCUCCACGGAAGGCAGCCAUUGUCUGUGUGUUUCUUUGGCUCUGCUGUUUUCUUUCUGCAAUCAGACAUGUAUUUAUACAUUCAGAAGAAGAAAAAGAAAAGUAUUGUUUUUCCCCAGCUUCUAUAAGUUUGCAUGAUGUCUUGAUCCAAAAUCUCAUUCUUUUUUUCAUACCCCUGUUAAUGGUGACAUUCUGCUCCACACAAGUCAUCAGAUGCCUCAAGAGGAAGGAGAAUGCUGGUCCACAGGAAGAAAAGUCAACUCAGAAAGCAAUCCAUGUGGUCUCAGUCAACAUGGGCACAUUCAUCAUUUGCUUUGUACCCUUCAACGUCACCAUGGUGGCUAGAUAUGCAGUGCAAGCAGCUGGAGCUGAAUGCUGGGUAUUCAAAGCCAUUGGCAAGGCUGUACAUAUAUCUGCAGGCAUAGCAAAUCUAAAUUGCUGCUUGGAUGCCGUUUGCUAUUAUUUAGUUGCCAAGGAAUUCCAGGAAGCUGCAUCUCUCCUGACUCCUUUUCAGUUGAUGAAACCUAGGUCCACCUUAAUGCAAGAUUCACAGCUCCAAUCUAGGUCCAACUUAACUCAAGAUGCGCCACUUCAAAGCACAGCCUAAUUCCAGAAGUUUAAAUUAUGUACAGUCUCAUCUUCAGAGCACCAUGUCCAGACAAAGCCUAGCAAAGUCUCAUCUUGAGAGCUUUGAAGCCCAACAGAAAGAUCAUAACCAGCAAAGCAAUCAGGUGUUGUGUUAAAUUUAGCUUUUAAUCUCGUGAGCCUACUCGAAUGGUCACUGACAUAGUAGAGAUCAUAUUUUGACUUAAUGUUUUUGAAAGAUGAAUGGCUCCAUCCAUAUCUAAGGUGGCAUUUUGCUAUUCACAUUUGAUAUAUGGAAUGUCUCCAAGCAAGAAGGAAGCUUAUUCCUCCUGUUAAUUAA